GAAUAUCCUACGACACCGACCGACAGGCGGGCCACAACCUAGACGCGCCGGCCGAAUCCACCCUGUCGUUCAGGCCGGCACGUUGGUCGUUGAGCUCAGCCUUGAUUGAUUUCCCGCGGAAAACAAUACGCACGUAGCUACACCUGGCACGCCCUCGCAUAGAGAGAGAAAAUCAAGGGGGAAAGCUCAUUGCCAUGGCAGAGAGGCGAGGUAGUUGAAAGUUGUAACCCUCCAUAACGAACCUGGGAAACUGAAGAGAACACGAGAGAGAGAAGAGAGAGGAAACUGAAGAGCGGCCAGCCGCCGUUCCUCUGAUUGCUUAUCCCCCGUGGGCGGGCCUCAUCGUCGAUCACGUCUUCUGUGGCGGAGCUUGCGCCGGUGGCCGGAGGACUGGACCAGCCGCUAUGAGCAACUUUUGAUCUCGGAAUAAAGAGGGUCGGCUGAAUCGCGGGCUGCUGGGAGGAAGAAGCAGAUAAACAGGAUGGAAGAAGAGCCGAAUCGGAGGAGGCUCUAUCAAGUCUGGAGAGGAAGCAAUAAAUUCCUCUGCGGUGGGCGCCUAAUCUUCGGUCCGGACGCUGGUUCCCUCUUUCUGUCCACGGCUCUAAUCGCAGGCCCUUUGGUAGGCCUAUGCUGCCAGUGCAUCACAAAGAUGAACUCCAGCUCUUCGGACCAGAAGAACCAUGUCCUUGGCCUGCCGGUCCUCAUCGUCACAGUUGUCCUCGGCCUAGCGAAUUUGGCAUUCCUGCUCCUGACGUCGAGCAGGGACCCGGGUAUCGUGCCGAGGAACGCGCGUCCUCCCGAGUGCGGCGCGGAGGAGCAGGCGGUGGACAUGACGACGCCGUCGACCGAGUGGGUGAACGCGGCGAGCCCCCACCUCCGUGUGCCCCGCACCAAGGACGUGGUCGUCAACGGGUGCACGGUGAAGGUGAAGUACUGCGACACCUGCCUGCUCUACCGGCCGCCCCGGACGUCGCACUGCUCCAUCUGCAACAACUGCGUCCAGAAGUUCGACCACCACUGCCCCUGGGUCGGCCAGUGCAUCGGCCUGAGGAACUACCGCUUCUUCUUCCUCUUCAUCUCGACCUCCACGUUCCUCUGCUUCUACGUCUUCGCGCUGUCGUGGCUCAACAUCACCACCGAGAGGGAGGAGUACGGCGGAUCGCUGCUCAAGUCCAUGCGCGGCGAGGUGCUCUCCGUGGUGCUCAUCGUGUACACAUUCGUGUCCGUGUGGUUCGUCGGUGGGCUCACCGUGUUCCACACCUACCUCAUGAGCACCAACCAGACCACCUACGAGAACUUCAGGUACAGGUACGACAAGAAGGAGAACCCCUACAACAGGGGCGCGCUCGCCAACGUCGCCGAGGUCUUCUUCACGCGGAUGCCGCCGUCGCUCAACCGCUUCCGGUCCUGGGUGUCCGACGACGAGGACGCCUACGGCGGUGCCGGCGGCGGGCCGCUCUCUCCAAUGAGCGGGGGCCUCGAUCUGGAGAUGGGGCGUAAGGGCGUGCACUACAGCGCCGGCGGCGUCCCGGCGAUCCUGCAGGGUAUGGACUACAGCGAGAUGGAGAAGAUGGAGGGUGCCGGCGUGCACGUCAAGGAUCGGCAAGCACCGCCCGAGGCGCCGGACCUGUUCAUGAUAUCGGCCGCCCGGCAGCAUGACGUGGGUUGCGGAGGAGGAGAUCGUAGUCCGCCAAUUGUACAUGACCAAGAUGCGGAGAGGACACUAGUGAGCUCGAAUGAAAAUUCUGAACGGUGAUCGUACACGAGUUGUUUUUUCUUUUCUUUUCUUACAAGAACCUUGUUUUGUUGGAGGCGAUCGAAUCAGUAGCAGCAUUUCUGAGAAAAAAGACUCGUGGUCUCACCGGCCAGAUGUCGGGUGUGUUACCUGCCAUUCUUUUUUCCGCUUCAGUUUGAACUCUAAAUUUUACGUGCAACGCAGCAGUGGCGUACAUUUGGAAGGUUCAGUAAUUAUGUUUAGCUUA